AUGCCUAACCAAGUGUUAAUUAUAGAGCCGCAAAAUGAACUGAAGUUUAAAAUUGAUUAUUCAGGCUUCUUUGACAUGGGAUGCACUACUUAUAUGAAACUGACGAAUCCAACGGAUCAUACCGUGUUGUUUAAAAUUAAGACAACAGCACCAAAGAAGUAUUGUGUGAGACCCAAUUCUGGAUUCUUGGAUCCAAAAUCUAAAGUUGACAUAGCUAUUACCCCUCAACCUGUAAAUGUUGAGUCCAAUGAGAAAAAUAAACACAAGUUUAUGGUGCAAAGUGUUAUUGCUCCAGAGGGGAAAAUUAACAUAGAUCAAGUGUGGAAGGAAAUAAAUCCUAAACAACUCAUGGAUUAUAAAUUAAAGUGUGUCUUUGAAACGCCACAAGUAAAAAGCGCUAAUGAUUCCGGUGACAACGCAGCGGCGAACGAAGUCACCAAGAAGAGGGUGGCCGUGGCUGACGAGUCAAAACCAGCUGUCAAGGACUCCGAUGGUGUCCAGAGCGAGUCGAACAGACGGGAUCCGGAUACAGCGGUGAACCAAUCGACGGAUGUUUUCCAAAAAUCUGAAAAUCUCGAAAGCGAUUUGCAAAAGGCGACGAAUGAGGUCAUUCAUUUGAGGGAGGAGGAAAGUAUUUUAAGACACGAAAAUCUCCGAUUAAAAGAGGAAUUGUUGCGUUUGCACCAGGGCGGCGGUGGUGAAGGCCGUCCGGCUCGCGGGCAUUCGUACGGCCCGGAGAAGACGGAACACGCGGCGCUAAUGGCAUGGGUUGCAACCGCCAUAGCCAUGGCAUUACUUGGCAUCAUCAUCGGCAAGUUCAUCAUGUGA